CAUGUAUUAUGAUCCACAAACUCUUCAACAAUAACUUCCGGUGACUGUUACCAGUUAUAAACAAUGAAGUGUUUAAUUGGUUAAAUAAAAACGAUGAUGCCACUGCAUGAAAGCACAUCUUCAACGGUAACUUUCAUAAGGAAGCUUAUAUAAAAAAUGGGCACACUGGAUUACUUUUAUAUGAACAACACCGUUGAUGUUGAGGAUUUACAGGUUCUCAGUCACUGGAUGAUGUAUUUUCGUGAAUUCUUGCAUCUAAAAGUUCCACUAUUGGAUGGACACUCUUUCUCUUCAAGCAAACAGUGAUUUUUUUUUUUUCAAAAGCUUGUUGUGCAGGAAAGACACGGUUAACCGUUUAAGGAAACAUUCAAUGAAUGGCCGAUUCAAUUAAUAGGAAUUGAAAAGAAAAUCAAUACAAGAUUUUUAUGAACUUAUGAACUGAACAUUUCAUUAUUGCAUUUCAGUAUUGUUCAAAAAGGCCCCUGCCAUGAAAAUCUUAAUUGGAACUGAGUUAAAAAAGUAUCUCAUUAAAUAAUCCAGUAUUUAAAGCACCACAUGAACCUAUAAAAAUUGAACAUUUUGAUAUUUAUAAUAUGUUGUGAAGUAUAUGUGUAGAGAACAAGUCAAUGAUAAUUGAAACUAUUAGUGAAUAAAUUUAUAAAUAAAAUGUUGCAAUAUAAUGAGCUUGUUGUUGCACCCAUAUGAAUUAUUCAUCAUUUACUUAAAUGCUGCCAUUAUGAUAAUGAAAAAAAAACUUCCUUCAAAGUUGAAGCAAUACAUCUUUACUGGCUUAGACCUACUAUAGACCACUGUAUUGUAUACAGAGCUGACACAGUAUUCUCUUAGAUGACUUGGGCAUUUAAACUGAAAUGUUCAAGGAUUAAUUGGUACCUCAAGUACUUGUGAAAGUUUUUAGCUCGACUAUUCCAGAAGAAUAAGUAAAGCUAUUUAUGUAGUCACCCGAGUGUCAGCGUUGGUGUCUGCGUUACCACUUAUGUUAAAGUUUUUGUAAUACCUUAAAUAUUUUCAAAGUCCAUUGACAUAUGGCUUUGCAACUAUGCACACUUGUUCACCAUUAUGACCCCAACCUGACAGGAGGAGGUAACUGUAUCAAGCAUUUUAACAGAUUAUGCCCCUUUUUCAAAUUAAAAUGUAUUUUUAGGUUUGCGUACAACCUCAGAAUUUUCAUAUUCUAUUGAAACAAGUUGAAAUUUUAUAGUAUUCUUUGAGAGCAUAAUAGGACUCUCUCCAAGGCCUAUAACUGUAACAUGGAUUUAAUGAAAACUUUUGUCCUUUUGUUAUUAACUCAGAAAUUUUUACAUUAUCAAGGCUCUUUACUAUCGAGCACUAAGAAUAGUCGAGCGUUGCUAUCCUACCGACAGCUCUAGUUCUGCUGUUUGACUCAAUAAUGGCCCUUGAAUAGAAAAAAGAUGUUUUAGCCUGUUGAUGAUUUUUGUUUUUGUGUCUCUUGCUGCGCAGAAGGUGCAAAUAUUCUACACAGUAUUCCUGAAAUAUAGGGUGUUCAUUUGCCCCACAAUACAACUGCUAACAUGGCUAUUAUAAGGCUACACAUGUGAUCACUAAUCACUCAUUUUAAUGUAAUGUAGCUUAAACAUUACAUGCUCAUGGACUAGUUGAUAUGAUUGCUUUUUGUCAGUUAUCUGUCAUACACCCAAAUUCACUGUGUUUAUCAUGAGUUACAAUUAUCUUUUGUCCAAUUAGCAUUGAAUUCACUCCAAUUGUAAUAUUUUAACUUCUAGGCUUUUCUUCUAUAUAACAUAUAGUGAGGCAUUACCUCAAAUUGAAGAGUAGUCAUAAAUAAAUUGUAUUACUGUCUAUAGCAUUGAAACCUGAAGGGAUGUAUAUUAAAAUCUCAUACUGUUAAAUUAUUUACCCCAGGGUAAAAGUCUUUGUCUGUCUGUAUGUCACAAAUUUUUGUCCUGAGCAUAACUUGAUAGUUAAACAACAUAUUGACAUGAAACCUACUGGGUAUAUUUUAAAAAAAUAAUAUAUGACAAAUGGAAGUUAUUUCCCUGCAUUUAAUGUCUUAAUUUCAGUGCAUACCACUCCAACAAAUGAUGACCGUGAAAAUUAAAGUGUAAGCAAAUGUCAUGUAAGACAAAUACAGGAACUGUCUGGUUGCUGUCUUUAAUUGUCUCCCUUUCUUUAUUUUUUUUAUUUCAAAUUGUAUACCUCUUAAACUAGGAAUGUUAUUGUCUUGAAACUUAUGAGUAUUAUUAAAAGACAGCUAGAGGAACUUAUACUAAUAAAAAGAACCAGAAUUGCAAACAAAUGUACAUCACAUUAUACCCAAGUAUUAUCUGGCUUUUUGUAUGGAUAAUUUAUUUGCCGGAUUGCAUUUGAUAUGUAAAUUGUAAUGUAAUUGAAUCAAGUAAAUUUUGUAUAAUCAAUCUUUUUCAAAACCAAUCUUAAAAGAACACCUAGUUAUAUUUUCUAGUUAUACAAAGUAGAAUGUGACUGAUAGGGAUUGUCUCUUAAUAGAGAGUUAAAUAGUUUAUGUAACUGUUAUAUUUUAACUAAAAUCUGUGCUUACUGAACUUAAGAUUACAUUUUAUUUUUUAAAACCUUAAACAGAAAUGACAAACCGCCUAACUUCAAUAGACACAAUGCCUAAUUUAGAGGUUCUAAAUAGGUACAGGCUUGACAAAGGUGGAAUAAGGUAUUUGGAGCAGUUAUUGUAUAACAAGAUUCAACCCCUGGCCAGGAGAAAUAACAGUUUGUCUGUCAGAGACAAGAUUUUGGUAACUCUGAGGUACUUGGCCACCGGACCCAUUCAGCUUAAUGAUGCUGACAUACAUGGUGUAAGUCAGCCUACAGUUAGCAGAGUUGUGACUGAGGUAGUCUCAGCUUUAAGCAGUCCAGACAUUGUUGGACAAUUUAUCAAAUUCCCUUGCACCAGAGAGGAACUGAUUAAAAAUCAACAAGAAUUUUAUGGCAUUGCCAAAUUCCCUAAAGUUGUAGGUGUGAUUGACGGCACACACAUAAGAAUACAGGCACCUGCAAAUAAUGAAGAGCUGUAUGUUAACCGGAAAGGCUUUCAUUCCUUGAAUGUUCAGCUAGCAUUUGAUCCCUUUGAUCAGAUCAUAGAUGUAGUGUGUAAAUGGCCUGGAUCUGUUCAUGACAGCAGAAUACUACAGCAAAGUGGCUUAACAACAGUAUUUGAAGGAGGACACAUGCCAGUGGGACAGUACCAUCUGCUGGGAGAUUCAGGCUAUCCAUGUAAGAAAUGGUUGCUCACACCAUUUAUAAAUCCCCAAACUAGUGGUGAAAUUGGAUACAACAGGAGUCAUAAAAUUACAAGGGCCAAAGUAGAACGUGGAAUUGGACAGCUGAAGCGGAGAUUUGGAGUUUUGCAUCGAGAAGUGUCAUUAAAGCCUGAAAAAGUUUGCAAAGUAGUACUAGCAUGUGCAGUGUUACAUAACAUUUGCAAGAGGCUAAACAUUCAAAUGCCAUUACAAGAUGAUGAUGAUGAUGACAAUGAUGAUAACAGUAAUGCUCAAGACAAUACAAUCAAUGGAAACAAUGCUGCUUUUCAGAAUGGUCUAAGAUUCAGAGAUCAUAUAGUACAGACAUACUUUUGAUGAUAAUUGUCUCAUACUUGAACAGUCUAAACAUUGGCACUUUGCGCAAGAUGUUGAUGUUGAUGGAAGACUUCUUUUUGAUGUUUUCAGCCCCACUAGAUCUACCUCACUGUCAUGAUCCGAUAACAUAAUUUCUGUUAUACU